AUGUCGACGAGUGUGUUCCCCGACUCUGUAAUCAUUGUUGGCGCUGGUAUUUUUGGGCUUUCGACCGCGCUGGCAAUUGCCGAUCGCCAUCCUUCCACAAAGGUCACUAUUAUCGACCGUGCUACGCCGCCGGUGGAGGACGGGACCAGCGUCGAUACCACGCGGUGUAUACGUGCAGAUUACGCCGAUCCCAUUUAUGCAAAGCUGGCGGAGGAAGCCCAGCUAAAGAUAGAGCAGGAUCCAGACCUAAGCAAGUAUUACUUUAAGCAGGGGAUGUCCUUCGUGACGGAUGGCGAAGCAGGCCCCAUGCUCGCCAUAUGGAGCAAAGGCUUGGUGAAUAUUCAAAGGACGGGGAAGCGCACGGAUCUUGUGGAAAUGCCUGAUCCUGAGUCUGUUUUCCAAUUUAUCCAUGGGAAAGACUCCAAGCUCGUUCCUCCGGGUAGGCUGACCGGGAAGCGCAAAUGGAACCGUGGCUAUUGCAAUCUCAAUGACGCAUUUAUUGACGCCAGGGAGAGUAUUCGUGUUGUGUAUGAACGUUGCCUUGCUAAGUCUUCGCUCUCCUUCCAAACAGGUACAGCUGUUCAAAAGGUAUUGGUUGAGCAUGGAAGCGCGAAGGGCGUUCUGCUCGAAGACGGUCGUCAAUUCCAUGCCGAUUUGACGCUGAUCGCUGCCGGGGCCUGGUCAAACAUGCUGGUUUACUUGGAGGGAAUGACAAAGUCAUCUGCCAUUGAGGUUGCGUGGUUGAAGCUCACACCAGAGGAGAUCCACCGGUGGAAAAGCAUGUCCAUCACAACGAACUUGAGCACUGGGUUCAACAUAUUCCCUCCGCACAAUGGGGAGAUCAAAUGUCUGCGACGCUCGGCGGGACUUCAGUACCGCGCACGAAAGUCACGAAUCCGGGGAGACUUCAUCCCACUCGGUGCAGAAGUUGCUCUGCGCGACAAUCUGCGAGAGAUCAUGCCGGAGCUGGCUGAUCGUCCAUUCGAUCGUACAAAGCUUUGCUGGCUUUCGCAAACCCGAUCCGCUGAUUUCAUUAUCGCUCCUCAUCCUUCAAUCCAGGGUCUCCACGUUGCCACAGGUGGCUCUGCACACUCAUGGAAAUUUCUGCCAAUAAUCGGUGGCUACGUUGUGGAUUCUGUCUUGGGAAUCCUUGACAAUACUUUGGCUGCGAAAUGGGCAUGGGCUGACAAAGGCCCCGAUGGUGGCAGCUCACCUAGAAUCGGUGGGGCCGCGCAGGAAUUGGCGCAAGUUGUACGCAGUCGAUUGUGA